GCUCACUGCCGCCGUGGUUUGUGUUCGCUAUAAAACGCACCUUCUUGAGAGGCUUGCCUGGUCAAGUGUUUUGUCCAGCAGGUGGGCUGGCUGGCUGGCUGACCUGCGCACAACCGGAUCGCAUCACCAACCAUCUCCCACCGCACGGGAACAACAGCGCCCGUGAUAAACUCAGAGAGAGAGAGAGAUCCGCGUCAAGAGAAAGGGGGACGCAGUGCAGAAGGAUGACUGAGCCAAGCAGGUCCAGCGCUGACACGGAGUCCCAAGAUGACGAUGUAGGCGUGCACGUGGGCGCCGCGGAGGAAGGCCGCGUCCCUUCUCCACCAGCCGCUCCAAGCAGCCUGGGCAGCUCAGGCACCUCAAGCUCCAUCGUGCAGCCCCUCGUGCAGUCGAAGGCCGGCGUGGUCUUCUCGUCCCUCUAUGCCAUCAACUUGAUCAUGUUCGGCGCCACCUUUAAGUUUGCCGAGAUCCUGAAUCCCAACCAUUCCGUGACCCAUGCCGAAAUGUACAUCUUUCUGAGCAUCAUCGUGACCAUUUCCAUCCUGUACAUGGUUGGCUUUGUGCUCCACAUGCGCCGUGUUGACACAAGCAGCAUUCCGAUGGACCACCACGCUGGAGCCAAGUGGUUAAAAGGUGGCCUGGCCUUAUUUGCGCUGGCAACGGUCAUUCUGGAUGCGUUCCGCAUUGGGUACUACACUGGCAUGACACACUGCGAGUCUGUGGCCUUGGCCAUAUUCCCCGUCCUACAAGCCAUAUUCAGCAUCAUUUUGGUGUUACUACUUUGGGUUUAUGGAAAAUACUGUGUCCGAGAAUGGCAGACUCUGGAAAGACUUGGCAUGAUGCACACUUUAGCAACGAGUAUUUUAAUAUGGUUUAACACCGUUAUUGAAGAAUCUAUAAAAGUUAUCAAGGAGAUAGAUCAUGCAACUGAAGUGCUACCUUCAAAUGUAACAUACAACGAAACGGGAUGCACAUGUGAGAUGAACUUCUGCCAGAUGUUCUAUGACAGCGUGCUAUUUCUGGAUCCUUUCAACAUUGAAUUCAGCCUCUUUUCCUCUGCCAUGCUGUACGUGAUGUGGAAGAACGUGGGUCGGACAGACGCUCACAGUGUGUGUGAACCACACGUAAAGCCCAAGAUGCGAAUGGACAAUGUGCUGUUGGGACCCAUCUUUGGAAUAGUUGUUUUGGCAUCAACGCUUGUUGUUCUGGUCACAGUUGAAGUGCAAGUCAGGACUCCUGCAACUAAAGGACAGGCACUCUCAAUGUAUUACCUAUAUGGCGUAGUAAUUUACUCAUCUAUGGCAAUCUGUGCUGUUGCAGGAUUAGUAAUAUACAAGUUAGGAAACAGUGGUUUGAGGAAUGAUAAAAAUGUAGUGAGAAACCUCGAUGUCCUCCUGCUCAUUGGCUCAUCAAUUGGACUUUUUACUUCUGCCUACUUCUCCGUCAUUGCCGCAGGGUUUAGCUUGAAUCCUGAAACGAAUUUCCCUGCAUUGGUAAUGGCAGCUGCAUUGUGCAAAAUCGUUGAACUCAUUUCUCAGAAUCUCUUUAUAAUCGAAGGGCUUCACCGUAUUCCGAGGACCGUGUUGGUGCACGACCAGAGAAGCAGCCCCACUCAGCGCAUAUCUAUAGAGGCUGACAACGGGGCAUUUGAAAGUGACAGUCCGUCAGUGUUCACGCCAGUUUCUCAGCGCAAGCUCCAUCUGAAUGCACCCAAUUUCAGAGCAGCGCAAGACGCAGAGAUAUUCAGCAAUACACUGCCAUCCACACCAAAAUGUUUGAACAAUUUUGAUGGCAUCGGCGAUGCAUUUGAGGUGGGAAACUCUUCUCGGGAAGCAACAGAGAUAGCAAUUUCCCCCAUGUCACAGCACAGACUGCAGUUUCAAAUGAGCGAAGAUUUAAAUGACGUCGUGAGCAACUCUUUAAAAGAAAGGAGUGAAUGUGUUACCCAAGCAGAGAGCAUUGGCAGCUUGACAACAGACAGCUCCAACAGGUCUUCAAGAACUGCAAGGCCACCGUUGGAUGCCAAAACAUACAUAAUUAAAAACUUCACCAUCUAUUUGUUGCUAUGCAACAUGUCGCUGUGGAUCAUAACAGCCUUCGGUGAACGGCUGCACCUCAUUAAUAAUAUAGGGGACCAGUUUUAUGGAUUCUCAGCGUGGGUAGUCGCCAUUAAUUUUUCCAUCCCGCUUGGAGUCUUCUAUCGCAUGCAUUCAGUGGCCAGCCUCUUUGAGGUGUUCUGCACCACUUAAGAGGGCCCCAGGUGCCUCGAAGCACAGCUGCAAGCCGUGCUCCCCAGUACGCCACACGUGAUUAUGCAAACAUCUCCAGAGAUUUUGCACACGCAGGAUUUUAGGAGCUUAUAUAUUUUGUGUAUAUGAGAGUAUUAUACCCUCGCAGGGUGAUGCGUAUGGGCAUUUAAAGCAGAAUGUGGGGCCCUGCCAAGCAUGUGUCAUGGGUUUAUAACAUUUUGGUGCAUAUUCUGUGAUAUUGUAAUACAGUAGAAUAUGAAUACGCACACACCCUAAAACUAAACUAUUUUAUUUACCAGGUAAAGCCCACUGAGCUAUGAGCUCUUUUUCAGAAGCGACCUAGCCACAAAUAAUAACUCACCUAAGUAGCUUAUCUUGUGGAAAUGUAUAGCAGCCAAAUACUCUAAAUGCGUGUUUCUAAAUGUGGAGAAAAAAAACGGAGGACCCGGAGAAACAUCCACGCGACCAUGGGGAGAACAUGCAAAUAUACAGGCCUCGGGGUCGGGAUCGAACCUACGACCUCCUGCAUACCAGGCGACGGAGAUAACAUCUUGGCACCACGGCCAGGUGUGCUUAUAUCCCGAGUGUGAUUUAACAGAAGUUAAAAAAAAUUAACCCGUAAAAACAAAGUUUUUCACUAUAAAUCCUUUAUAUGCGUGGCGGCUAGAGUCCUCUCGUCCUCUGGCUUGAGAUGGCUGCCACUUAUGAGUCAGAUGAUUGCCUGCCACCAUUAAGCAAUUGGUAAUUAAAAAUAAAAAAAAUCAUAAAAAGUAUAAAAUUUUGCACAUUUUUUUUUACGAAAAUUAAUUGUCACGCACAACGAGUCUGUGUGCAAAAUGUCAGCUCGAUUGGAUCACGGGAAGUGGGUUAAAAAACGACCGAAAGAUUUGCACGGUCGUAAGCAAGCAAGCACGCAAGCAAGCAAGCGAACUUAAUAUAAAGGAUUUAAUGAAAGUGAUUUCCAGCUCAACAAUGUGGUGGUGCUCGUCUCCUGUUUGCAGCCUUGAGCUAGUGGUGCAAAUUCCACAUUCCUUUGGUGGGGGGGGGGGGGGGGAGGGACCAACACUGUUAACUUUCCCAAAAAGUGAUAGUUAUUGUAUUGGCCACAGAGGGAUGAUGGGUUGAGUCAACUCCUCAGUCAGGAUAUGAAAUGCGCCAACUUCCGAUUGUGAUCUGCUCACUUUACCACCUGAGUUACCUGGCCGGUUUGCCUCUCCUCCCCACCCACCAUGAGUGUAUUAUAAGCAUGUGUUGCUUAUAAUAGAACUGUGCUUAUAUACAGUGUGUUUAUGUCCAGCUAUUAAUGUCAUGUCAUUGGCAUAUACAACAUGCUAAACCCUUCUCUUGCAUAGAAAUAUGUUUUGAAAAUAAAUACUGUAUAUACGUCAUGAAUACACUCAAAUAAAUAAAAAAUGUUUUUAUUAUAGUCAAAUUAUUGACCAAACAUUUUAAAUGUUAGAAUUUUGUAAGUGUGUGUGGGGUAAUUUUUGCAUUUAAAACGGUGGUAGUUAUGGGGAUUGUAAGGUGGUAAAUGUUAUCAUAAAAUAAUUGUAAAUAUUAAAUAUUGUACAUUUCUAUACUGGCUUCUCUAAAAGCAAAAUAUACCAAAGGGCUACUAACAAUUGCAUAUCCUCAUAUUUAAAAUAUAUUGUUUACUAUAUUUACAUUCAGAAUGUGAAUUUUUUUUUAAUUAAAUGAAUUGAAUAAGUGACAUCUUCGAAGGACACUUAUACUGUAAUUGAAUUAUAGUCGUCAUGGUAAUGGACUAAUGGUUCACUGAUGACAGAUUUACACAAUUUAGAAGUGAACACCAUGUUCCUUAUCAAAUGAAGAAAAUUAUGCUGGUUCAUUUGACAACGCUGGGUGUAUUUACACUCUGGAUGUUUCGUGUAUUUACUUUGGUUGAAUUUUGAGUAAUAGACGUGCAUUUAAAUGCCAA